GAAAACUCUUGGUGGCAAACAGCCUGUGUAUGAUACCACGAUUAGAACAGGCAGAGCACUGAAAGAAAAGACUUUGCUUCCUGAUGACACUCAGAAACUUGACAACUUACUGGGAGAAGUCAGAGACAAAUGGGAUACUGUUUGUGGCAAGUCUGUGGAGAGGCAGCACAAGUUGGAGGAGGCCCUGCUGUUUUCGGGCCAGUUCAUGGACGCUCUGCAGGCCUUGGUGGACUGGUUGUACAAGGUAGAGCCGCAGCUGGCUGAGGACCAGCCUGUGCACGGGGACCUGGACCUCGUCAUGAACCUCAUGGAUGCCCACAAGGUUUUCCAGAAGGAACUGGGAAAGCGAACGGGAACCGUUCAGGUCCUAAAGCGAUCAGGCCGGGAGCUGAUUGAGAACAGUCGAGAUGACACCACUUGGGUGAAAGGGCAGCUCCAGGAACUGAGCACUCGCUGGGACACCGUGUGUAAACUCUCUGUCUGCAAACAGAGCCGGCUUGAGCAGGCCUUGAAACAGGCAGAAGAGUUUCGGGACACAAUUCACAUGCUGUUGGAGUGGCUUUCUGAAGCCGAGCAGACACUGCGUUUUCGGGGGGCACUUCCUGAUGACACAGAGGCCCUGCGGUCUCUCAUCGACACCCAUAAGGAAUUCAUGAAGAAAGUGGAAGAAAAGCGCGUGGAUGUUAACACAGCAGUGACCAUGGGAGAAGUCAUCCUGGUGGUCUGCCAUCCUGAUUGCAUCACCACCAUCAAACACUGGAUCACCAUCAUCCGGGCUCGCUUUGAGGAGGUCCUGACGUGGGCCAAGCAGCACCAGCAGCGCCUCGAAGCCGCCCUGUCAGAACUGGUGGCCAACGCCGAGCUCUUGGAAGAACUUCUGGCGUGGAUCCAGUGGGCCGAGACCACCCUCAUUCAACGGGAUCAGGAGCCAAUCCCUCAGAACAUCGACCGAGUUAAAGCCCUUAUCGCUGAGCAUCAGACAUUUAUGGAGGAGAUGACUCGCAAACAGCCUGACGUGGACCGGGUCACCAAGACGUACAAAAGGAAGAUCAUAGAGCCAGCCCAUGCGCCUUUCAUGGAGAAGUCCCGCGGUGGCAGCAGAAAGUCUUUGAGUCAGCCCACACCUCCUCCCAUGCCAAUCCUUUCACAAUCUGAAGCAAAAAACCCACGGAUCAACCAGCUCUCUGCCCGCUGGCAGCAGGUGUGGCUUUUGGCACUGGAGCGGCAGCGGAAGCUGAACGACGCCUUGGACAGGCUGGAGGAGUUGAAGGAAUUUGCCAACUUUGACUUUGAUGUUUGGAGGAAAAAGUAUAUGCGUUGGAUGAAUCACAAAAAGUCUCGGGUGAUGGAUUUCUUCCGGCGAAUUGACAAGGACCAGGAUGGGAAGAUAACACGUCAGGAGUUUAUCGAUGGCAUUCUAGCAUCCAAGUUCCCUACUACCAAGUUAGAGAUGACUGCUGUUGCUGACAUUUUUGACCGCGAUGGGGAUGGCUACAUUGAUUACUAUGAAUUCGUGGCCGCUCUCCAUCCCAACAAGGAUGCUUAUCGACCAACAACUGAUGCAGAUAAAAUUGAAGAUGAGGUCACAAGACAAGUGGCUCAGUGUAAAUGUGCAAAAAGGUUUCAGGUGGAGCAGAUUGGAGAGAAUAAAUACCGGUUUGGGGACUCCCAGCAGCUGCGGCUGGUCCGCAUCCUGCGCAGCACAGUGAUGGUCCGCGUUGGGGGAGGAUGGAUGGCCCUGGAUGAAUUCCUAGUGAAAAAUGACCCCUGCCGAGCACGAGGUAGAACUAACAUCGAACUUAGAGAGAAAUUCAUCCUACCUGAGGGGGCAUCCCAGGGAAUGACCCCUUUCCGAUCACGGGGCCGAAGGUCCAAACCAUCUUCCCGGGCAGCCUCCCCUACCCGCUCCAGCUCAAGUGCUAGUCAGAGUAACCACAGCUGUACGUCCAUGCCGUCUUCUCCAGCCACCCCAGCCAGUGGCACCAAGACUCCACUUCAGUUAUCUCGCUGUUAUGACAAACCCUGGUUGGUAAACAGUAAAGCUGGCACCCCUGUCAGGGACAGCCACUAUCCUGACCUCCAGCUGCCCAGCCCCGAGAUUAUUCCAUCAACAGGCAGCAAGUUGAAACGACCAACACCAACUUUUCAUUCGAGUCGAACAUCGCUUGCUGGCGAUACUAGCAAUAGUUCUUCCCCAGCCUCCACAGGUGCCAAAACUAAUCGGGCAGACCCUAAAAAAUCAGCCAGUCGCCCUGGGAGUCGGGCCGGGAGUCGGGCCGGGAGUCGGGCCAGCAGCCGGCGUGGAAGCGAUGCCUCUGACUUUGACCUUCUAGAGACGCAGUCUGCUUGUUCAGACACUUCAGAGAGCAGUGCCGCAGGGGGCCAGGGCAGCUCGAGGAGAGGGCUAAACAAGCCUUCCAAAAUCCCCACCAUGUCUAAGAAGACCACCACUGCCUCCCCCAGGACUCCGGGUCCCAAGCGGUAACACUACACAAGCACCCCCAAGCCUCUGUCCACUUUGAAUCCUGCUCCACACAUUGGGUGUAUAUUUAUUCUGAAUGGGAGAAGUUAUAUUGUUAAAAGUGUAAAAGAAUAAUUGUGUUAUGAAGCUGCCUUAUUUUUUUUCUUUUUGUAAGUUACUAUUUUCAUGUGAAUAUUUAUGUAGAUAAAAUUUGCCUCCUGGUAACCCUGUAAUGGAUGGGGCCCAGAAAUGAAAUAUUUGAGAAAAAUAAGCGAAAAGAUCAAGAUGCAAAUGUGUAUUAAAAUUUUAAAAAGCCUCUAAGUAGGGUUUCUGUGCGGUGCAGGGUUGUAAACCUGCUUUAUCUUUUAGGAUUAUUCCUAAAUGCAUCUUCUUUAUAAACUUGACUUGCUGUCUCAGCAAGAUAAAUUAUAUUAAAAAAAAAAUAAGAAUCCUUCAGUGUUUAAGGAACUCUUUUUUUGUAAAUCAUGGACACCUCAAUUAGCAAGAACUGAGGGGAGGGCACUUCUGACUGCUUUUUCCAUUGUUUUUAAUAUUGUGUAAUUUUAGCUGAAGAGAGGGAACCUCAUCUAGGUAAUGUUUGCACAUGAUACAGCAAAAGGAGUUCAUUGCAAUACUGUCUUUGAAUACUGUUUCAGUACUAGGUGUUUAAAGGACAAAUAGCUGCUAGAAUUCAGGGGUAAAUAUAACUGUUCAGAAAACGUGAGAACAUUGGGGUUUUUAAGAGUUCUGGUUUAUAACUUCCUAUCCAGCCCAGCCACCAAUAACUCCUGUGCUCACUGGGACCCAGGCCGUCGGCAAGGGGAGACUCCUUGGUGGCAUCAUGAAUUACAAAUUUGUUUAUCUGCAUUUUUUGCUAUUUAUUUAAAAUGGUCGAUCAACUUCCCACAAACUGAGGAAUGAAUUCCACAAGCCUAUUCUGAAAACGUGGACAUAAAACACUCGCUCGUCCUUUAAAGGAGUUCACCAGCACACUUGUUAAGAAGUCCCGUUUGCUUCUUCCGUCUUUUCUUUUGUGCGUAAUACAGUUAGCUGACCAAGUGACCAUGCAGAGGGGCUGUCUGGGGCUCCUGGUUUUUAGCUGCUGUUCCUCUGCAGCUCCGACCACGUUGCUGUGUGAUUAUCUCAAUUGAUUUUAAUUGAGGCAGAAACUGAAGCUCUACCAAUGAACUGUUUAAAAACAAGACACACUUUUGUAUUAAAAUUGCUUGCAGUAACAAA